GACAAGAUUAAAUACUGGUGUAUUUCAGCGCCCGACAUAAGGUCAUACCAAAACAAAGUUGCCGAUCUAAAAUGGAAACGAUCAAUCCAACCUUCUCGUAUCUCACCAAUCUGGAGGUGAUGCAGAUUCUGCAGAAGAUCAAGAGCACCAAAAAGAAGUUUGGAAUGCGGAACUUGGCCACAGUUACCUACGAGGCUCUACAGUAUCUAGAGGAGUCACCCUGCAAAACCCAAACACGCGAGCACAUCGUAAACUAUGUAAAAGACCUUUCCUCCUACCGACUCAAAUCCCACGAAGUUCUGCAAAUGAUUAACGAUCCGCCGACAAGUGCCCUUCACACGCAGUUGCUUAUCGACGAUAGUAAGGCUCCGCUUACCGAUGAGGAGAACGAGAAGAUUAUCCAGCUGAGCUACAAGCAUUUUCAUGGCGGUGAAUCGAAGGAUGCUAAAGAGACAGCCAAAGAAACUUCUGCUGAAAAGCCUGCAGAAAAAACAGCUAAGACAACAGGAAAGCAAUCUGGAAAGCGAGCUGCUCAGGCCAAGGAAACUCAGGCAACUCUGACCAAGACUAAAUCAGCAGAAGAUGCCAAACCAGCGGAAGAAACUCCCUCAGCUGAGGACACAACUUCCGCCAUUCAAAUGGUAGUCCAAUCCAAUCUAGUGGCACCCAAGGCGGAAGGGAAAGGGCCUGGGGAACAGGCAACAUAAUAAAACAUAUUCAUAAUACGUUUAA